UCUCAAAUCCGCCUGGCAAUGGAUAAUAUAACAUAUCUCACCCCAAGUCAGCUCGAAGCAUAUGCAUAUCGAAAGCAGAGAAUUGUCGACUACAUUUUGGACGAUGCCAAUCUUGAAACUCGGUGUCCUCUUGACAAUGGACGACAUCUCAUUCCACCACAGGAUUCGUUGGGGCAACUAGACAUGCUUCCCCUGGAACUUCUUACAUGCAUACUUAUGGUACUUGAUCUACCGUCGUUGACCAUCUUUCGCCGCGUGAAUCGCCGCGCAAUGGGUGUCGUUGAUUCACUGCAUCAGUACCAAAUGGUGUUGAAGCAUUGUCCCAAUGUUCUCCGUGCCAUCAUCAGCAUCGACGCUCGCUACUUUGAUUGCCAAACUCUAUACAGGACACUCUCUACCACCAAGUGCGAAGCCUGCGAUCGCUUCGGCAGCUAUCUUUACCUCAUCACCUGCAAACGCGUAUGCUACUUUUGCUUCACGGGGCAUCCCGAUUAUUUUCCCGUGUCAGCUACACGUGCGGCCAAGUAUCUCAGCCUCCCAAGGAAAGACAUCAAGCACCUGCCCCAUAUCCUCAGCCUCCCUGGAAAGUACACCACAUUCUGCAAGUUGUCAAGAAAUAGAAUUACGUUAUUUGACCGGCAAGCUAUACUUAAGAGUGCAUUGAAGACUUCCACUUUAACAACUGAUGCCAGUAUCCGACAGCAAGACCUAACCACGAGAGAGCCUCUAAGACAUAUGUCAAUCAUUUCUGCUCCCUGCUUCGGCUCUUCGGGUCUGUCAGCUGAUUGGGGCUUCUAUUGCACUGGCUGCAGAGAAAGUAAGGAGCUCGGGAAGAAUCUCAGGAAUAAGUACACAGCAAAUGGCAUCGUUGAUCACAUCCGACGGUAUGGAGCAGUAACGGUGGUGGACCAGCACCCGAAACAUGUAUAAUACUACGCUAAGUCGUGCUUCAACUUCUUACAAUUUCCACCUCAACCCCUGACAACCUGAACCUUAUCCUUCCCUUUCCGCCUAAACAUCAGCAGAAACAGCGAUGCGCAGAUGAAAUGGCAGUACCAGGGCCUCUGACUGUUCAUACGUCCUGUGUGGCCUUGGAAGCUAAAUGAGCGCCAUCCUCUUCAGCGGCGGCUCAUCUCAUCCUUGCCUGGCUUCACCAUGUGUCUCUUGCACAUGUGAAGCCUAUGGAAUUGCAGUGUUAAAUGUGUUGGUGAAGCAUGUGCCUCGAUUCGAGGCCCAGCCUUUAGUACCCGGCCAGGAAGUAAUUAUCUGGUGAUUCAACAGCUCCCGAAGAAUAGCUGCCCUUGACAAUUACAAAACACUUACGCAGCAUAUCACACGCCAUUUCUCCCUUCCAUCCUCCUACUCUAUCAGGUCUGCUCGCCUAGGUAUCCAGUUGUGGAUCCGGUAGGAGUGGGAGAUAGGUAUGAAUGUAGGCGAAAUGGCUGUACACUGUAGGUUUCUGGGUUGUUAGUUGAACGUUCGGCAAUCCCAUAAAGUUUCAGGUACUGAAAUAGGUCUUUAUGGAAAGGCGCAUUGCAAUCGAACCCUUGGCAAGGGGGUCCAUGAGCCGAAUACCCUGAUACUAGGUAACCUAGACGUUGCGCAGGC